CACAAGGUUAACUGUCAUUAUUGUCAAUGUCAUAAUCUACGCACGCUUGCAAAUUUUUCUUUCUUUUUGACAAAGACCACGAGGAGAUUAAUAUCUUUCGAGGUCUGAAAGGGUCUAACUAAAAUUUACAAAAUAAGAAUUUUAGUUCAAAUCACAGAAGGAACUAUUUAUCAGGAAAAAUGUAUAAGAGUAAUGAUACUGGCAGUUACAAAGCCCGUGAAAACGGCUUUGGAAAUCAAGGAGGAUACAGAAAAGGGGGAAACAGUGGUAGUGGUGGUGGUUUUCGAGGUGGAAGUUCCAGAAAUGGAUAUCAAAACGGGGACGACUCCUGGAAGGGAAGAGAUAAAUAUGAAAUGGGAGGAGAUAGUCUAAAAAAUGUUAAAUGGGAUUCUAAAACAUUAGAACCUGUAAAAAAAGAUUUUUACGUACCACAUGCAAGUGUAGAAAAAAGGUCGCAAUAUGAAGUUGAAAAAUAUAGAAGUUCAAAAGAGAUUACAGUAGACAUUAAUGCACCAAACCCUAUACAAAAUUUUGAUGAGGCUAAUUUUCCGGAUUAUGUAAUGGGAGAAAUUCAGAAACAAGGGUAUGAAUUUCCUACUGCCAUUCAAGCUCAAGGUUGGCCCAUUGCUAUGAGUGGAAGAGAUAUGGUUGGUAUUGCAAAAACUGGAUCAGGAAAAACUCUGGCUUACAUUCUACCAGCCAUUGUGCAUAUCAAUAAUCAACAACAACUAAGAAAAGGUGAAGGACCAAUUGCCUUAGUAUUAGCUCCCACUCGAGAACUGGCCCAACAAAUCCAACAAGUUGCUGCUGAAUUUGGUAGUUCAUCUUAUGUAAGAAAUACCUGCCUCUUUGGAGGAGCACCAAAAGGGCCCCAAGCUCGUGAUCUAUAUAGAGGUGUAGAAAUAUGCAUAGCUACUCCUGGUAGGUUGAUAGACUUUUUGGAGAAGGGAACUACCAACUUGGAAAGAUGUACAUAUUUGGUAUUAGAUGAGGCAGAUAGAAUGUUGGAUAUGGGUUUCGAACCUCAAAUUCGUAAAAUUCUUAGUCAAAUUAGACCUGAUAGACAGACUCUUAUGUGGUCUGCAACAUGGCCCAAAGAAGUCAGAAAACUGGCUUAUGAUUUUAUGAAAGAUACAGUACAUCUGAAUGUUGGAUCACAAAGUCUUGCAGCAAAUCAUAAUAUUGUUCAAAUUGUAGAUGUAUGCCAGGAACAUGAAAAAGAAGACAAACUGCUUGCUCUCUUGGAAGAAAUCCAUAACAGUGGUGAGGUGGGCGCCAAAAUAAUAAUAUUUGCAGAAACAAAAAAGAAAGUUGAACUUAUUACUAGAGGCAUAAGACGAAGUGGAUACCCUGCUGUUGCCAUGCAUGGUGAUAAGAGCCAACAGGAAAGAGAUUAUGUCCUAAGAGAAUUCAGAAGUGGUAAAGCGACCAUAUUGGUUGCAACUGAUGUUGCAGCUAGAGGAUUAGAUGUGGAUGGAAUCAAAUAUGUGGUAAACUUUGAUUAUCCAGGCUCUUCAGAAGAUUACAUCCACAGAAUAGGAAGAACAGGUAGAUCUGACAACUCAGGAACAUCCUAUGCAUUUUUUACAAUGAAAAACUCUAGGCAUGCAAAAGAUUUGGUGGCUGUUCUUACAGAGGCAAACCAGGUUGUUAAUCCAAAAUUAGCCGCCAUGGCCAGUAGAUCAGGCGGUUUUGGAGGAAAUCGAGGAGGCCGAUGGGGCUAUGGGAAUUCUAGAGGACGAGAAAAUUCAAAACCGUCACAUGUUAAAUUCGGCAACAAAAAAUGGUAGAUUUAAGAAAGUAGUUUAUAAUAGACAAAUUCUAAGAGUACCAAUAGCCUCACCAGUAUUCGAGAAGAUAUUUCAUGUAAUGUGCUAUAUGUAAGAAUAUAACAGGGUAAAGGUUAGUCCUCAUACAUACCAAUUGCGAAAUCCGUAUUGCAGUUUCUGUUUUGCUCAAAUAGAACAGGAAUGACCAUGUAACAGAACAAUUUUGAAUCAGUCAACACUAUAGGGACAACAGUUUCACCAUUUUAAAUGGUUUUAAUUCACAUGUGACUAAUUUUCAACAAAUUAAAGGACAUCUAAAGUUGCAUAAGUAACGUUGGUAGUUUUUAACGAAACUAUGUUUUAAUUUUUGUGUUAUUUUUAUAUUAUUUUUGCUAACAAGUUGAUAGAGAUUGAUUUACCAACUACGCGUUUAUCUUUUAAUUUUCCUAAUUUAAAAUUUGUAUUUUAUACAAAACAUAAGAACUAUUACAUAAAGAAAUGCUUGAGGUUAAUAAAAAACUAAUAGCGACAAGAAACUCUUAAAAAAAUAUUUCAACAUUUUUCAAUUACCAAAUAUUUAUAAAGUUUCCACAUUACGGAUUACCGCAAGUAUGAAAAAUGGGGACUAACCUUAAAAGUAACUCUUUCUCUCAAUUUUAUUUUUUUUAUUUACACUUCUGUGAUAGAAGCUUAUAAUGUAUUUUUAUAUGUUUUGGAUAUUCAGUCAAUAUAACCAAGUUGUUGCGAAUUUAAUUUAUAGAAAUAAAAACUUUUUUUUUGAA